GGACUUUUCUCUCACAAUCGACACACAACAAGGAGAAGGAGGAUAAAGAUGGGCGUCAAAUUCCUCUGGGAUUCGUUUUAAGACGGUGGCAUCAGUAAUUGAUCCAAAUGACUCACUUCAAACUACUUGAGCAAAACUUGUUUCAAGGAGGACUGACCCAUUUCUUCCCUGCUGUAAUCAUAUUCUGCUCCAAGUUUCUCGCACAGUUCAGCAGCCUAUGAAAAGGAAUAAUGCGACUUACGCGCAUUUGAUGCCUCCGAGAAGCCACCCCUAUCCUCAUAUGCCAGUCUGUCUGACUUUGGAACCUAUAUUAUUGCCAGACUCCGACCGCAGACCAAGAGAGGAGGAAGACUCCGAUGGAAAAUCAUGCAGCACUUUGAACCCAUGGAGACAUGGCACAUAGGUUCCUCUUAUCUACGAACAGAUUCAGCGCCAGAUUCGCCUUUAUAUUCACUGUGUCAUUGUCCUGCACCUAUUUAUGCUACAGUAUCAUUUUUUGUCGCAGCACAAUCAUGACAAACCAGGGUUACGAGGGGAAAAGAUGCCCGCCGAGCAAGAACGCAGGAGGGAAGAAACUUCUGGGGAAAUUAGACAAUUGCGCUUCGCUGGAACUCAGGUCCGCUCUGGAUGAGUCUGCUGCCCAGCGAGGAUCAAGUGAUCUCCGCGACCAAAGUAAAGCCCCCGCCUCGUCUGGGAGCCACUGGGCUGAUAUGAAGUUGAGAAACAUGAGUGUUGCGCAAAAAUAUGGGAAUAAGAAGCUGCCUAAUGCGUUAAUAGUCGGUGUAAAGAAAGGAGGCACCAGGGCGGUGCUGGAGUUCAUCCGGAUACAUCCAGAUGUGCGCGCACUUGGAACAGAGCCGCACUUUUUCGAUAGAAACUAUGACAGAGGGCUUGACUGGUACAGGGGGCUAAUGCCGCGAACACUAGACAGCCAGAUCACAUUAGAGAAGACUCCCAGCUACUUUGUCACCAGAGAGGCACCCAGACGCAUCUCCAGCAUGUCCCACGAGACCAAGCUGAUUGUUGUGGUGCGUAACCCAGUCACAAGAGCCAUCUCUGACUACACACAGACUCUUUCCAAGAAGCCUGACAUCCCUACGUUUGAAGAGCUGGCCUUUAAGAACAAAAGUCUGGGUCUAGUCGACGCUUCCUGGAACGCCAUUCGGAUCGGGAUGUACAUUCUGCACCUGGAGAACUGGCUGCAGUAUUUCCGCCUGUCCCAGAUGCACUUUGUGAGCGGGGAGCGACUGAUCACAGAUCCGGCAGGGGAAAUGGGCCGCGUUCAGGACUUUUUAGGACUGAAACGAAUAAUCACGGACAAGCACUUCUACUUUAAUCGAACCAAAGGCUUCCCGUGUCUGAAGAAGCCGGAGAGCAGCAGCCAGCCGCGCUGCCUCGGCAAAUCCAAGGGCAGGACUCACGUACAGAUCGAACAGGAGGUCAUAGAGCAGCUUCAGGAGUUUUAUAGGCCAUUUAAUAUCAAAUUCUUUGAAACUGUGGGGCAAGACUUCAAGUGGGACUGAGACUGACAUACAGUAACAGUGCUUUUUUUCUCACGAGAGAAAUAUAAAUGAGGGUGUCUUCAACAAAAAAGUUUAAAUGACUAGUUUAUUGAGCUAUGUAUUCACUGAAAAAGAUAAUCUACAAGAAUAUACAACUCAUUAAAAUACAAUUAUAUAAAUGGUUUCACAUCAUGCUGGGUUUUGGGUUGGGUCAUUCUAAUAACAGGUAACAUUUCUUUAAAUAAAAAAAGCAUACAAACAAGGUUUAUUUACCACAUACAGGCGCAUCUCAAUAAAUUAGAAUGUCAUAGAAAAGUUUAUUUAUGUCAGUAAUUCAAUUCAAAAAGUGGAAAUAACACAUUAUAUAGAGCCAUUACACAGAGAAUGAAACAUACAUUUCAUGUCUUAAUUUAUUUAAUUCCUUCUUAUUAUAAUGAGUAUGGCAUACAUUUAAUAAAGACCUUAAAUUCAGUGUCUAAAAAAAUUAAUAUUAGAAAAGACCAAUUUUAAAUAGAGUGUUUAAUAUGGAAAUGUUGGCCUCUGAAAAGUAUGUCCAUCUAUAUACAAUUAAUACUUGGUUGGGGCUAUUUGACUUAAAUUACUGGAAAUGGACUUUUCCAUCAUAUUCUAAUGUAGUGAGAUGUACCUGUACAUGACAUAUUAAGCCAUCAAUAGUCAGGCAGCAUUGUUUCAUUAACCAAAUCAUUAACUAGCAUUCAUCACAAUGCCUUCCUACCAUAGCAACACCACACUUACAUCAAUGACACUGCUUACAUAUUCAUUCUGAUCAAAAUGAACCACCGGCUUUACUGUUAAAAUGAGCUCUCAACAUGAAGUUGCAGCAAAAUGUCAAAUGAAUAUUAAAAUAUGCCUGUCAAUUAUUCUGCAAUUGAAUUUAUCUCAUUAUUGUUGAAUAAAGCUCAUAGGCAACAGGGACAGAUUUAUUGAAUAAAUGUACUGUAACAGAGAAGAAAUAUAUUAAAAGAGAUGCUAUAACACUGAUAAAGGUUUAACCGUUUGUUGCUCUUUCUGUGUCAGUAUUUUUGUUGUGAUCAUGGAAAUAAAAGGCAAACGUCUAAAUCUCAAGUUUUUAUUUGAUAUAUUUUCUGUUUUAUCUGCUUACACAUUGGGGUUUCACUGGUCAAACAUGUGGCCAUAAUCAUAAUAAUAAAGGUUGCCUGUAUAAUGUAAAACCCCAUUCACACAGGACUUCAUAUGAUUUAAGGGCAUUCAUUCACACCGCCUGACUUAAUUUCAAAAAACAUAUAUAACAUACAUAUAAAAAGUAUUGAGGCUGUUGAAAGAUGAAACCUUCCUUACCGAGUGCUGCCAUGCAUGUCACUGAUCUCAUUAACUUUCAAGAUUCCUCUUUUGAUGGAUUUGUUCAUGCUCUUUUCUGAAUGUGUCCCGGUGCUAAGCAGCUAGAUUAACCUCUUGAAUUUGCACCCUGAAGCCAAUCACAGUUGUCAUCAAUAAUUUCCACUGAAGCCUCCAAAAUU